UGAUUGGUCAGCGCUGUGGCUUGUUUCCCGCCCCUGGGGGUUGAGCCCUCCUUCUCCUCGUGCCUCCCAGAACCUUCCAGUCUGAAUCUGUCCGAGCAGCGCUGCAAAGAUGAUGGGCCAGCAGGUUUUAGUGCUCAACCAGAACAUAAAGAGAGAGUCUGGACGUAAAGUCCAGGCUGGAAACAUCAACGCUGCAAAGACGAUUGCAGAUGUGAUCCGGACCUGCCUCGGCCCUCGGGCCAUGAUGAAGAUGUUGCUGGACCCCAUGGGAGGAAUCGUGAUGACCAAUGAUGGAAAUGCCAUCCUCAGAGAGAUCCAGGUCCAGCAUCCUGCCGCCAAGUCCAUGAUCGAGAUCAGCCGCACGCAGGACGAAGAGGUCGGAGACGGGACCACUUCAGUCAUCAUCCUGGCUGGAGAGAUGCUGUCUGUAGCCGAGCAGUUCCUGGAGCAGCAGAUGCAUCCGACCAUCAUCAUCAGCGCCUACCGCCAGGCUCUGGAGGACAUGCUGGACACCCUGAAGGAGAUCAGCACGCCAGUGGACACGUCCGUCCGCUCCAUGAUGCUGAAGAUCGUCCACUCGGCCAUCAACACCAAGGCUCUGAGCCGCUGGUCCGAGCUGGCCUGCAGCAUCGCGCUGGACGCCGUCCGCACCGUGGAGCGCGAGGACAACGGACGCAAAGAGAUCGACAUCAAGAAGUACGCCAAAGUGGAGAAG